CAUACAAACGUCAGAUUGAAAAAAUAAACGAGUUGGUCUGUCGCUUGCAUUUUGUAAAAAAUCAAAUCAAUUUGUCGUCCAUAUUUCUUUGUAAACCUUUUGUGCAGACAGUGUGAAUUUCAGUGCUGGUGUAAGUGAAAUUUUGCAUAGUGGCCAAGGUAACUCCGUACCCGAGUAUGGCGUACUCAGGAAGAAAUAAGUUCGAGAUAUCCCGGUUUACGGGGGAAGACGACAACCACAUAAACAAAAAGCUGCCGAAGGAGCUGCUCCUCAAGAUCCUGUCGUAUCUGGACGUGGUCUCGCUGUGCCGAUGUGCUCAGGUCUCAAAACUAUGGAAUAUUUUGGCUUUGGACGGCUCCAACUGGCAGAGGAUAGACUUGUUCGAGUUCCAAAGAGACGUGGAGGGGCCAGUGAUCGAGAACAUAUCUCAAAGAUGCGGCGGGUUCCUACGACAGCUGUCGUUACGAGGCUGCGAGAGCAUAGCCGAUGGGUCGAUGAAGACUCUCGCGCAGUCAUGCCCAAACAUCGAAGACUUAAACCUGAACAAAUGCAAAAAAGUCACCGACCAGACCUGCCAAGCUCUGGGAAGACGAUGCAGCAAACUACAAAGGUAAAACCUGUUCACCGUAAACUAAUUUAUCUUUUUUUGUACUGG